UCCGUACUACAUAUAAGCUCCAGAUCUCCCUCACAUAUUGUUUCAUCUCAUCUCCUCACCAUCAUCAUCCUUUCUCAUCAUGUUUUCUCGGAUCCUCCUCCCGAUUUUAGGGCUUCUUAGUCUCGUUGCUGCAUAUGCAAAUCCAGGUGCUUGUUCUGGUAAUUGCUACGCUCAUGAUCCUGCCUUGAUCCAACGUUCAAGUGAUGGAACUUGGUUCAAGUUCAAUACCGGAAAUGGUAUUGGUAUUUGGAAAGCUACUGCAUUAGCUGGUCCUUGGACUUAUGUUGGUGAUGCUUUGAGUAAAAGUAGUAUUAAUUUGAGUGGAAAUAGCGAUCUUUGGGCACCUGAUGUUCAUCUCGUCGGCUCCACUUACUACAUGUACUAUGCUGUUUCGAGUUUCGGCACCCAAAACUCAGCAAUCGGAGUUGCAACCUCCACCACCAUGGAAGUAGGAUCAUGGACCGAUCAUGGUGCUACUGGUGUUGCAUCCUCACCCGGCAAACUUUACAAUGCUAUUGAUCCUAAUCUUAUCUUGGUCGGCAGUACCUAUUAUCUCAACUUCGGUUCCUUCUGGGACGACAUCUACCAAGUAGCCAUGGCCUCGACCCCCACCAAAGCCGGCGGUUCCGCUUCCUACAACCUCGCCUAUAAUUCUAGCGGCACCCAUUCCGAAGAAGGCUCCUACAUGUUUUAUUAUUCCGGAUACUACUACCUCCUCAUCUCAUCUGGUAUUUGCUGCCACUACGAUACCGACAAGCCUGCCCAAGGCGCAGAAUACAAAAUCAUCAUGGGAAGAAGCAAAACCGCGACUGGAAAUUUCGUGGACCAGAGUGGGAAGGCUUUGUCGGCUGGUGGUGGAACGACUUUGUUAGCUAGUCAUGGGAAUGUUUAUGGACCGGGUGGACAGGGUGUCUAUCUCUCAUCCUCCGGACCAAUCCUCUACUACCACUACGCAAACCCAACCAUCGGUAUCGCAGAUGCAAAUUAUCUCUUCGGAUACAACUAUCUCACCUUCACCAACGGAUGGCCUUCUGUCUAAAUCGUCUGUGAUUUCUCUCGUUCUCAUACUAUGUGAUUAGCCUCAAAUCCAAAUUGAGGAUCAGAAAGAUUUUCACCAAGGGAACUUGAAAAGAUGUAUGAGGAAAAUAAAUUCUCGACGAUCGAGAUCUCAUCACUGGGUGAAAGAAUCUGAAGAAGAAAAAAAAAACGGGGGAUCAGAAAAAGAAUUUUGUAUAUACUUUUAUGAUUUGAUGGGAAAUUCGUUGUACAUACAUACUUACUUCACUGUAUAUAAAAUUAUAUGACAUUUUUACGAAUAUAUAUAAAUAUUCUUAACU